AUGACAAAGCGCUCUAAGUUGGAGUCUGCCCAGUUUUCCAAGCUUGAGUCUGCUGAGAUCAUUCCUGCUGAUGCAGAUCAGUGUGGAACAUUUGAUGAUCUUCAUAUUCAUGUUUACCAGCCACAAGUAGAAUAUUUGAGAACUGAACCAAGUUUCAAGACAUUCAUUCUGCCUAGAUUAGAACAUUUUAUUUUCGUCUUCGUAGACUAUAAUGCCUACCACUCAGAUAAAUACCACGAAAAAGAGAACCAGUUGGGCUGCAUUAACCUUAUGACCAGUGAGAACAAGCUCUGCUUUGACCUGAUGUCUCAGAGGUUGAGUGAUGAUGAUAUGAACUACCUUGAUGAAGGCCUACUGGGAUACCCUGACAGGAAAGGACAGCCAUUCCUAAGGAAGGUGGUGGCCCAGUUUCUGACACACUACUGCAAGGCACCUACUCCCCUCGAUCCAGAAAAUGUGGUGGUUCUAAACGGCUGUUCCCCUAUCUUCUCUGCACUGGCCAUGGUUCUGUGUGAUGUUGGGGAGGCCUUUCUGAUCCCUACGCCCUUCUACAGUGGCUUCGCCUUCAGCUCCCAUGUGCACUCACAGAUUGAACUGGUAGCCUUCUCCCUGGACAGUCAGAUCACUCAUAAGAACACGGAACCCUUCCAGCUGACCGUGGCCAAGUUGGAGCAAGCCCUGCAGGACGCCAAGCUGAAGGGGAAAAAGGUCAGAGGUCUUGUGCUAACCAAUCCCCAGAAUCCUCUCGGUGACAUCUACUCCCAAGACUCACUGAAGACAUACCUGGAAUUUGCCAAGAGGCACAACCUACAUGUGAUUAUAGAUGAGAUAUACAUGCUCUCUGUGUUCGAUGAUGCCACCACAUUCCACAGUGUCCUGAGCUUGAGGAGUUUGCCUGACCCCAGCAGGACUCAUGUGAUCUGGGGUACCAGUAAGGAUUUCGGCAUCUGUGGCUUCCGCUUUGGCUCGCUCUACUCCCACAACAAGGAAGUGGUCGCUGCCUUGGUAUCCUUGGGCUACCUCCACAGCCUGUCGGACCUCACGCAGUACAAACUGUACAGGCUACUCCAUAACAGAGAGUGGAUUGACAACGUGUACCAUCCCACUAAUUGCUCGCAGCUCCGGGAUGCUCACACAUUUGUCACAGAUGAGCUGAAGGCCUUGGACGUCCCUUUUCUCAAUCGUUGCUCUGGUCUCUAUGUCUGGAUCAACUUGAAAAAGUACCCACCGUGUACAUUUGAAGAAGAACAAAUUCUCCAUCGCCACUUUGUAAGAAACAAGGUAUUGCUGUCCCCUGGCCAGUCCUUCAUGUGCAGAGAACCAGGCUGGCUCAGGCUUGUGUUUGCAAAUAAGCACCCUCGACUGGAAACGGCCAUGCAUCGGUUCCGGGCAAGUCUGAAAGAAGUGAAGGAGUAGUUGAUGGUAGUGUUAUUGAAAGCUGUGGUGCAGGAAGUAGCUGUGCCUGCCCCCUCCAGCUAG